AUGUCGGCAAAGAAAGCGGCGGCGCUUCUUCGCACGGGGGCGGCUCUGUACGAGAGCGGCGAUUUGUCGCGUGCGAGGGAAAUCGCGGAGGAGGCGCUCCACGCAGCGGAGCCGCACGACGAGGAGUCGUUUGCCGAGGCGCUGCUGCUUUUGUCGAACGUUUAUUGCGCCGCGGAGGACUUUUUGGAGGCGGAGCGGCUGGUCGCGACGUGCUGCUGUUUUGUGGAGGAGCACCUUGGCGCGUCGCACGUCGGCGCCGUCACGUCGCGGCUAAACAGGGCGAUUAUUCUGCUGGAGCGAUACCGCCUGCAGGGCGGCACAUUGUCGGAGGUGGGGCGGGCGUACGAGCUGCUGCAAGAGGCGGAGCGGCGACUGGAGGAUAACGUCGGCGGCGCAGGCCGACUUCUGCUUGCGGAGGUGCUGCACAACAGCGGCGUCUGCUGCGAGCUUGUCGGACGAUACACAGACGCCCUCACUGUGUACAUGCGUUCUAUGCAGAUACGUGUGCGCUACAAGGACUCAGCCGGAGUAACAGACAUGAAACUCGCCCUUACGAUGGAGCACGUGGCAAUGUUGUACCGAUUGAUGGGCGGGCCAAAGCUGCAGGGGGCGCUGCGGCUCAUGGAGGUUGUGGCGACAACACGUCGGCGUUACAUUGGCCCGAGGCAUCCACUUUACGCCUCUGCAUUGCUGUCGCAGGGAGUGAUUGCGGCGGAAUUGGGCCACCAGCGGCGCGCUGCGGCGUUGCUGCGAAAUGCGUUGCAGAUACGCACGCGGUUGUACGGCGCGGACGACCCGCAGACACGUUUUGUGGCUCAUCUGCUUGGAGAGACGGCAUAG